GGAAGGGCGGGGAGACAUGGGGUCAGCACCUCGACCUCCAAAGGGCCCGAUGGUCAGAAGAGCGCUUUGUUCCCAAAGCGGACUCCCCAUUGGGUGCGCCACUGCUGACCCUCCAGGACAGAACGUGACUUCCGCAUUCCGGAUCUAAACCCCACGGCGGCCAGGUCAAGUGGCCCCCGCCUCUCAGGUUACAGACCUUUCGCUGUCUGCGCCGCGGGGACUCCUUGGACUUCAGUCCAGGCCCUGAAUGGCUGGUCUCCAGUUGGCGCCACCUCUGCCUGUGGGCGUUAUGCUCCCAUAUAAUAAAACGGAAACUCCAAGGCUCCACCCAGCCGAGCAAGACCCCUAUGAAAAAGGUGACUCUCCCCAGCGGUCCUCAAUGGGGCACCUGAGGAACAAUUUCCAGCAGAAGCUUUGGAGCAACAAAGAGCUGACACUGGAUAAUCUCUCCACUCACCCCAAGUGGAGCACCUGCACAAAAGUCCGGAGCCACUCCCAUCCCCACCGUGCUGGAGUCAGCCAGCAAGAUCCAGGAAGCAAGCCCCAGGGCCAAGCAAAGUGUUUGUUUUACUCAUCAGGCCCUCAAUCCCGGUAUUCCGAAGCAAACAACCAGGACUUCAUCCCGUUUACAAAGAAGCGAGUUGGAGUAGAUCGGGCAUACCCACUGAAACCUGUGUUCCAUCGGAAGUCUCGUAGUAUAGGUGAGGCUGGCACUGAUGGGGACCAGGAUGUCUCUCCAAGACCCCCUGAGCCAGGAGAGUUUUCAUACAGCAGCUUUGGUUCAAGAAACUGGGUGAAUUCCUCUGUGGCUGGCACUGUUGCUGCCACGCAGGGGGAGAGGGCGAUGGCAAACCUCAACACGACUGCGUGGAUGCGGAUCCAAAGACUAGAGGCUGCAGGAGAGAACUUACAGGAGGAAAUCCGAAGAAAAGAGACCCUCCUGAGGGAAAAGCUGAAGAAGACAGAGGAGGAACUCAGAAGGAUCCGGAAGGAAAAGCAACAGGCAGAGGAAAAUGAAAGAAGAGAGCUCCAGGGAGAGACACUCCCCAGGAGGAGAGUUAAAGGUAGUAGCAACACCGCAUACAAACGUCUCUUCUCCCCAGAGUUCGGGUCUGAGGAGGUCUUCAGUAGAGACAGGGGAGAGGACGAAACUUGGGUAUGGUCUCAAGAAAAUUCUAGGCCAUUCCAGUUCUCUGAUUAUGGAAUACAGAAGCUCAAAAGGGAAAGACUGGUGGCAAGCAAUAACAAAAUCCGAGAGCAAGUCUCAGGGCCGUUGAGGGAGAAGUUUUCUCAGCCUUCAGAAGUGCCAGGCAGUGCUUUGCAGGGACCCACCAGCAAUUCUAGCUUGUCUGGGGCACCAGACUCCUCAGGUUCCAGCUGUCCCACUGAAAAGCCAGAACUCGGCGAGUGCAGCCACUGUGGACGCAAGUUUCUCUUGCUCAGGCUGGAGAGACACUCCAACAUCUGCAGCAGGAUGCAGGGUUCCAAGAGGAAAGUGUUUGACUCCUCCAGGGCCAGGGCUAAAGGCACUGAACUAGAGCAGUACUUGAACUGGAAGGGAUCAGCCUCAAUCAAGGCUGAACCCCCUCGGAAGAGCAGCUGGAGACAGAGGCAUGAAUCUUUCAUCCGUACCCUCCGUCAGGCUCGAGAGGUCCAGCAGGUAAUUGCCAAAGGUGGAAACCCCUCAGACUUGCCUCCCAUCCUGCCUGCAGAAAAUCCAGACUAUAUCCAGUGUCCUCAUUGUAGCCGCCAUUUUGCUCCCAAGGUGGCCGAGCGGCACAUUCACAAGUGUAAGACCAUCAAGAACCGUCCUCCACCUCCAAGGAAGCAUUACAGUUGAGGAAACAACAGUGGAAACCUCCUCCCUAGUUCUGAAGGCUCUGCUUCUCUUCAGCAGUAAAUAGGAAUAGAAUAAUUUGAUGCAAAGCAGUAAGAACUAAAACUUUUACAUCUCCGAGGUCCGCCUGCAGAGCUGAAACCAGUGAGGAGAGACCAAUUGCUAAGUAGAAGGAGGCAGAAGGAAGCCCCAGCUUCCCACUAAAUUACCACCUCAGGCUGGUGUGCCUUAUGUUAUUGCCCUAAGAACUGAUGAGUGAAGGCACAAGAGUAGCGAGCAGGCUACAUUAAAGCUCUCUUCUCCUAAGCCUGACUUGUGGUUUAUGCUAGUUAAGUGCCUCCGUUUGCUGUGCCUUCUUGCCACUGCCUCUGCGUGUAUGUCUGUGGUUCCUGUUAACUCUUCUUGAUCUUGCAUGAAGUUGGCUCAUUAGGAUGAGUUGGUGUCAGAGGAUCAUGGUCACCCAGGUGGUAUCUUAUAAAAGGUAAUAUGAUUUUGCUGAAAGGAAAAUAGAAGUCUGUCCUUAACUUCCCUGGUGCAUAGUCCUGGCCAAAAGCCAACAGAAGUACAUAAGGUUAGGGCACCAGAGUAUCCUAAACCCUCUCUGUGGUGUACUGUGUAAUAAAGGGAACCUCAUCUUUAUGUACUUUACAGGCUAGGGAUGGGGGAAAGAACAUUAUACGCCUAAAUGGUUGUUCUUUUCUAAUGGAUUUCAUAUGUCAAAAAAAAAAAAAAAAAGGAAGAAACUUGUUUCAGCUAUUGCUAGCACUCUCCUUUCAAAUCAGGUUGGUUGGAUGGCUUUUUAAGUGAGGCAGCAAAAUCUGCCAUCAAAGCAAGCUCAGACACUCUGGUGUCACAUCUUCCUGUGGAUUAUACCACAAUAAACCAAACUUUGAAGGAAAAGGUGCCAGAUCUUUUAAAUUUUCUCUGUGCAGAAUCAUGCCUAAUGCAAGUAACCUUUAUAAUUAGGCCCUCAAUAAAUGGGUUUUGGGGAUUUAAAAUUAAAUGAAUAAUAAAA